AGUUCACAUUUUGAUUCUUACCGAACAAACAAAAACCGGAUAUUUCCCUUUCUCCUGUGUCCUGAUUAUCCAAGGGAAAAGAAAAGCCUUGUUUUUGAGCUCCUCCAAUGGCGGUAUCUGUAUCGACCUCCUCGAUUCCUUCUCUCAACUCUGACCGUUCAAAUCGCUUUGCUACUUCCGCUAUUUCUUCUUCAUCACCGGGAUUGAGAUUGUCCUCAUAUUCUUCUUCUCUGCUAUUUCCCCUGCGAAUUGGAACCGGAGGACUUUCUUCUUCCUCGCGAAGGAAAAGAAUUCUUCCCGUGGUCAAAGCAAAGAAGCAAACUUUUUCCUCUUUCGAUGAUUUGCUAGCCAAGUCUGAUAAACCUGUGCUAGUAGACUUCUAUGCAACUUGGUGUGGCCCAUGUCAAUUUAUGGUUCCCAUCCUCAAUGAGGUCAGUGCUUCUCUUAACGAUAAAAUCCAAGUGGUCAAAAUUGACACCGAGAAGUACCCUAGCAUCGCUAACAAAUACAAUAUAGAGGCUCUGCCUACAUUCAUCAUUUUCAAGGAUGCAAAACCUUUUGAUCGCUUUGAGGGUGCUAUGACUGCUGCUCAGCUAAUCCAACGAAUUGAAGAUGCUUUGAAGAUUAAGCAAUAGACCGGUUUGUGAGGAACAUUGAUGGGAAACUGGAUUUUCGUUUGAUCAAUCAAGAAUGCAUAGGAAGACCAUAACUUUCGUUUCAGGAACCUGUGCUAGAUAUUUUUUUUCCGUAUGUAAUUGGCAUUAUACCCAAAUUAUGACUAAACUUGCUUUCAGUGGAUAGAUCAAGUCAAGAAAACAACUUUUUCAGGACAGCUUCUUUCUUGAUGAAUUUGCUGAUAGUUUGCACUAUUUCGACGGGAAUGUUGUUUUGUUUCCAAAGUUCUUCCUUUGAAUUUUGCUCCUAAAGGAAGCGAACCGUUUCAUUCAUCA